ACAGGGGCUGUACAGCAGUGGCCGGGAGCAGUCAGGGCGGUGAUGGCGGCGGCUGUGGUGACCGCGGCAGCAGUGACCCCUGCGCCUGAGGCCGGCACGGAUGGCGCCUCCUCAGUGCAUUGGUUCCGCAAGGGGCUUCGGCUCCACGACAACCCGGCGCUGCUGGCGGCAGUGCGCGGGGCGCGCUGCGUGCGCUGUAUUUACAUCCUCGACCCCUGGUUCGCGGCCUCCUCCUCCGUGGGGAUCAACCGAUGGAGGUUCCUGCUUCAGUCUCUGGAAGAUUUGGACACGAGUUUAAGGAAACUGAACUCCCGCCUGUUUGUAGUCCGAGGACAGCCAGCUGAAGUGUUCCCGAGGCUAUUCAAGGAAUGGGGUGUGACCCGCUUGACCUUUGAAUAUGACUCUGAGCCCUUUGGGAAAGAACGGGAUGCCGCCAUCAUGAAGAUGGCCAAGGAGGCUGGUGUAGAGGUGGUGACCGAGAACUCUCAUACUCUCUAUGACCUGGACAGGAUCAUCGAGCUAAAUGGGCAGAAGCCGCCUCUUACCUACAAGCGCUUUCAGGCCAUCAUCAGCCGCAUGGAGCUGCCCAAGAAGCCCCUGGGCUCUGUGACCAGCCAGCAGAUGGAGAGCUGCAGGGCCGAGAUCCAAGAGAACCAUGAUGAAAUCUAUGGCGUGCCAUCCCUAGAGGAGCUGGGGUUCCCCACGGAAGGACUUGGUCCAGCUGUUUGGCAAGGAGGAGAGACAGAAGCUCUGGCCCGCCUGGAUAAGCACUUGGAACGGAAGGCCUGGGUUGCCAACUAUGAGAGACCCCGAAUGAACGCCAACUCCCUGCUGGCCAGCCCCACGGGCCUCAGCCCCUACCUGCGCUUCGGGUGCCUUUCCUGCCGCCUCUUCUACUACCGCCUGUGGGACCUGUAUAAAAAAGUGAAGCGGAACAGCACACCUCCCCUCUCCUUGUUUGGGCAACUCCUGUGGCGAGAGUUUUUCUACACAGCAGCCACCAACAACCCCAGGUUUGACCGCAUGGAGGGGAACCCCAUCUGCAUCCAGAUCCCCUGGGACCGCAACCCCGAGGCCCUGGCCAAGUGGGCCGAGGGCAAGACAGGCUUCCCUUGGAUUGACGCCAUCAUGACCCAACUGAGGCAGGAGGGCUGGAUCCACCAUCUGGCCCGGCACGCUGUGGCCUGCUUCCUCACCCGCGGGGACCUCUGGGUCAGCUGGGAGAGCGGGGUCCGGGUGUUUGAUGAGCUGCUCCUGGAUGCAGAUUUCAGCGUGAAUGCAGGCAGCUGGAUGUGGCUGUCCUGCAGUGCUUUCUUCCAGCAAUUCUUCCAUUGCUACUGCCCUGUGGGCUUCGGCCGCCGCACAGACCCCAGUGGCGACUACAUCAGGAGAUACCUGCCCAAAUUGAAAGGGUUCCCCUCUCGAUACAUCUAUGAGCCCUGGAAUGCCCCAGAAGCAAUUCAGAAGGCAGCCAAGUGCAUCAUUGGUGUGGACUACCCACGGCCCAUCGUCAACCACGCCGAGACCAGCCGGCUCAACAUUGAGCGAAUGAAGCAGAUUUACCAACAGCUCUCUCGAUACCGGGGACUCUGUCUCCUGGCGUCUGUCCCCUCCUGUGUGGAAGACCUCAGCAACCCAGUGGCAGAGCCCAGCUCGCAUCAGGCGGGGAGCGUGAGCAGUGCCGGCCCAAGACCUCUACCCGGUGGCGCAGCGUCCCCCAAACGCAAGCUGGAAGCAGCUGAGGAGCCACCUGGUGAAGAACUCAGCAAACGGGCCAGGGUGGCAGAGUUGUCCACCCCACAGCUGCCGAGCAGGGAUGUGUGAGACUGCAGCACUUUGGCUCCGUGAGCAAAGCCUGGAUGCCCCAACAGCCACCACGGCAGCAGAGUACAACCUGCAGGAAAGCUGAUCACCGAUGGAGAUGGAGCGAACGUGUGCGCGCGUGUGUGCAGAGGAAGGAGUGGUGUGCCUAUUAGGGUGUGCAUGCAUCUGUUUACACUCUUGUGAUUCUGAAUGCUGCCUAGGCCGGAGAAGUCCUGUAGCAGCUUCACCUCAGCGUUCAGACACCAGGCUAGAGGUUAUGGCCCAGGCUAAAGGUGGUAGGGCCCUCGCUGGGAUUCUGGCAUCUGCCCCUCCCCCAGCCCUCCCUGCCUCCCUCUUAUCAGACGGAGGAGCAGGAGGGCAGCAUUUCUGGCUCCUGUCCAGAGGAUUCUAAAGGCAGCCAGAGCCCUUCUGAGUUCCUCCUGACCCUGGAGGCUGAGCAGGCUGGAGUGGACGGAUGCUAUCCAGACACAGUCACCUGGCCUGGCUUCUUUCCUAUUUAAAAAUUCCCUGCCAUUGGGUCGACCAGACCCUUCCUUAGGCAUCUGGAUCAGAACAUGAGGCUGUGGACAGAUCUGAGAACUUUCCACCACGUACGGAAGUACACCAGUACCUGUAUACACGGUACUGUAGAAGAUAGCUUAGGAAGUACAGCCACCUUUUCGGGCUUAAAACCUAAGGUUGGGAAUAAAAUCCCAGUUCCUACUGUUCAUUCCGCAGAAUCUGAGGGCCAGCCUCAGAGCUGACUGUGGCAACCCAGUGCCUCCACCAGCAGGAGGCCAGGUUCCUGGCUCUUCUGGCCAUACUCCAGGGCACCACAGUGCUGCCAUUGAGGUCAGCUGACAGCCAGCCAGGGAGGCCAUUCUAGUCUGUUCUGCAGGUGUCCAGAGCCUGCCCAGGAAUGUUCAGCGUCCAAGCUGCCAUGUCAGCUCUGCCAGUAGCUAGGCACCGAGGACCCAGGCAGGUGGACUCGUGAGGACUGCCAGGGCCAGUUGGGAAAGGUCCAAGUAAAGAACCCCUCCGCACACCAACCCUUCCAGAAGUAGCAGGUGGGAGGUUUGACCCGGAGAGGUCAAGGCCUUACAUUCCAGGAGUGGCCUAUGCCUCCCACCUCAACCCUCCCACUGUCAAAGGCCCGUGUUGAGAAAGACAUAAUGAAAAGGACUGUGUGGUCAGCUGCAGAAGUCUUCCUUCCACUGCGGCCUGCACUUGAGCCACAAAGUGUGUGUGUGUGUGUGUGUGUGUGUGUGUGUGCGCGUGCGUGUGUGCUACAUGCGCGCGUAGCUGAGAGGCUACUUCCUCUUUGGAGUUUUGUCCUCACAUGGAACAUUAAGCUGGCCUCAGGGCCUUCUCCUCUACCUCCCUGUGGCCUUUCCUAGUCUUCUAGCUGUUAACUCCCUUGGCCCCAGCCCUGUCCCCCACUGUCCCCUGUCCUCAGACCGGAACCCUGGGGUCAGGCCCCUGUCUCCAUCAGCUGUCCAGCACAUUGACAGGCUUCUUCCUGAGAGGUCCUCAGGUGUUCUCAGCCAGAGAGCUGCCUUUAGAGUUUAACCGUUGUAUGUUUGUCACCCUCACUAGAAAUGUCCCGUAAUUAUGUGUGGGGAGCAGGGCACAGGUGACGGUGUGUAUUCGAAGCAUUGGGUUGGGGACUUCCUUGUUCCCUUAGCCCCAGCCAGGAGAAAGAGAAUUGGGGACUAUUGCCAGAAGGGGAGUAGAGCAAGCCUGGAAGGGCUGGUCUGAGAAACUGAGAAGGCCAGAGGGCUCCGGCCAGCGUCAGUGUUCGUUAGCAGCCCCUUCAGACCAGGAUGAGUCCCUUACCCUGCCUAUUGAGUGGGGAUUCUCUUCCCUAAGGUAAAAGCUGGCCAGACCACCUACCCCUGCUUCACCCUCCCUGGCAUGCUGGCCCAUUCCCAGUGGAAUGGAGCGGUCCACUCCUGGAGUUAGGAGGGGCGGGGUGAGGAGAGGGUGCAUCCAGUAGCCCAGAGCUCCACCAUGGCUUUGUGCCUCCCCUCCCCUGGCCCAGGGGUCUGGGGGCUGCCAUAGAGCAUUGCCCCAAAUCCUGAUCCAAGGGCCAGCAUGGGUAAGAGAUGGUCACAGGCAAAAUGCACUUUAUACAGAGAUUUUCUAUUGCUGGGAAGGUGUGUUUCUCCCACAGUUUGUGAAUAUUCACUUGUUUCAUAAAUGUCUGAUCCUGGAUGAGCAAA